CGAUGAGGACAUGAAACGCGUGACAGACAUUGCUUUUGUUCUGAUCUUCGCCUGUAUCGUGCAGCAGUUCGUACAGGUGAACAGUCUGAGAGAUAGAGGGAGGAGAGCGCAGGCAGAUGGGAAGGGGACAAGAAGAGGUCAACGGAAUGAAAGUGAUCUGAGAGGGAGAUUCUCACUGAAGGACGGAGCGCGGUGCUCGUGGCGCGCAGCGCGCGGGGGUGAUGCGUUUGUAUUGGGAGUCACGUGCAAAAACGGGCCAAAGACUUUCGGCUGCGAAUAUGUAGCGAAGCCCACAGCAUAUGAACAGUACGCAUCUAAUACCAAAGCCUACCGGAAACAGAUCACCCGUUCGCUGAAAACGCAGAGGAGACUGUGUCGCGACUCUACGGUGAUGGUCAAAGCCGGUAUGUGCCGGAGCGCGCCCGCGGAAGCGCACUUCAGACUGAAGGACACGCGGCCCUCCUCCAGAGUCCCGUUACCGCCAACCGCGGGGAAUAAUCACUGUCCUGACCGGAUCGAGAGGCUGAAAGUGGCCGAAGAAUACUGCAGCAGAGCCUGGUCUUCACUGUGUGCAUUCCUCUUCUUGAUGCUUGAGAAUGAUGAAUGCGCAUGAUUGACUUUGAAAAACUUUUUUUCAAGGCAAAUUUUAUAUUCCAUUAAUU